AUGAGUCGGCUGAUGUUUACACAACUACUGCUCUGUGGAUUUUUAUAUGUUCGGGUUGAUGGGGAGCGCACAGCUGCUGGGCUGAUUUUGCGUUUUCAAGAGACACUUGACACCCUUGAGAUUCCCUCGGCCAGCCCCCAAAUAAGUGGCACUUGUCCUCCUGAGCCACUUAUGGUCAAAAUAGAAACCCAGAGAGAGGUAAGUAGAGGAUCUCGUCUUCGCCAGGAAGACUUCCCGCCACGGAUUGUGGAGCACCCUUCAGAUGUCAUUGUCUCUAAGGGAGAGCCCACCACUUUGAACUGUAAGGCAGAGGGCCGGCCAACGCCCACCAUUGAGUGGUACAAGGAUGGUGAGCGGGUGGAGACUGACAAGGAUGAUCCCCGGUCUCACAGGAUGCUUCUGCCCAGCGGAUCCUUAUUCUUCUUGCGCAUUGUACAUGGGCGCAGAAGCAAACCUGAUGAAGGAAGCUACGUUUGUGUUGCAAGGAACUAUCUUGGCGAAGCAGUGAGUCGAAAUGCAUCUCUGGAAGUGGCAUUGUUACGAGAUGACUUCCGGCAAAAUCCCACAGAUGUUGUAGUGGCAGCUGGAGAGCCCGCAAUCCUGGAGUGCCAACCUCCCAGGGGACAUCCAGAACCCACCAUCUACUGGAAAAAAGACAAAGUUCGAAUUGAUGACAAGGAAGAAAGAAUAAGUAUUCGUGGUGGAAAACUGAUGAUCUCCAACACGAGGAAAAGCGAUGCAGGGAUGUAUACCUGUGUUGGCACCAAUAUGGUGGGAGAAAGAGACAGUGAUCCAGCAGAACUGACUGUCUUUGAACGACCCACAUUUCUCAGGAGGCCAAUUAACCAGGUGGUGCUGGAGGAAGAAGCUGUAGAAUUUUGUUGUCAGGUCCAGGGAGAUCCUCAACCAACUGUGCGGUGGAAAAAGGAUGAUGCAGACUUGCCAAGAGGAAGGUAUGACAUCAAAGAUGAUUAUACUCUGAGGAUUAAAAAGGCCAUGAGUACAGAUGAAGGAACCUAUAUGUGUAUUGCUGAGAAUCGGGUUGGAAAAGUGGAAGCCUCUGCUUCUCUCACAGUCCGAGCUCGCCCUGUUGCUCCUCCACAGUUUGUGGUUAGGCCAAGAGAUCAGAUUGUUGCUCAAGGUCGAACAGUGACAUUUCCCUGUGAAACUAAAGGAAACCCCCAGCCAGCUGUUUUUUGGCAAAAAGAAGGCAGCCAGAACUUGCUUUUCCCAAACCAACCCCAGCAACCCAACAGUAGAUGCUCUGUUUCGCCAACUGGAGACCUCACAAUAACCAACAUUCAGCGAUCGGAUGCGGGUUAUUAUAUCUGCCAGGCCCUAACUGUGGCUGGAAGCAUUUUAGCAAAAGCUCAACUGGAAGUUACUGAUGUUUUGACAGAUAGACCUCCACCCAUAAUUCUACAAGGCCCGGCCAACCAAACACUAGCAGUAGAUGGUACAGCGUUACUGAAAUGUAAAGCAACUGGUGACCCUCUUCCUGUAAUUAGCUGGUUAAAGGAGGGAUUUACUUUUCUGGGUAGAGAUCCAAGAGCAACUAUACAAGAACAAGGAACAUUGCAGAUUAAGAAUUUACGGAUUUCUGAUACUGGUACUUAUACUUGUGUGGCUACAAGUUCAAGUGGGGAGACUUCCUGGAGUGCUGUGCUGGAUGUGACUGACUCUGGAGCAACAAUCAGUAAAAAUUAUGAUUUAAGUGACCUGCCAGGGCCACCAUCCAAACCACAGGUCACUGAUGUUACUAAGAACAGUGUCACCUUGUCCUGGCAACCAGGUACCCCUGGAGCCUUUCCAGCAAGUGCAUAUAUCAUUGAGGCUUUCAGCCAAUCCGUGAGCAACAGCUGGCAGACAGUGGCAAACCAUGUGAAGACCACCCUCUUUACAGUGAGAGGCCUGCGGCCCAACACAAUCUAUUUAUUCAUGGUCAGAGCAAUCAACCCCCAAGGUCUGAGCGACCCGAGCCCGAUGUCAGAUCCUGUGCGCACACAAGAUAUCAGCCCACCAGCACAAGGAGUGGACCAUAGACAAGUACAGAAAGAACUGGGAGAUGUCAUUGUCCGUCUCCAUACUCCAGUUGUGUUGACUCCCACCACUGUUCAAGUCACGUGGACGGUUGAUCGCCAGCCCCAGUUUAUUCAAGGCUAUCGAGUGAUGUAUCGUCAGACUUCAGGCCUGCAGGCUACAUCAGCAUGGCAGAAUUUAGAUGCCAAAGUCCCAACCGAGAGAAGCGCUGUCUUAGUCAACCUGAAAAAGGGGGUGACUUACGAGAUUAAAGUUCGACCAUAUUUUAAUGAGUUCCAAGGAAUGGAUAGUGAAUCUAAAAUAGUUCGUACUACUGAAGAAGCCCCAAGUGCCCCUCCACAAUCUGUCACUGUGCUGACAGUUGGAAGCCACAAUAGCACAAGUAUUAGUGUUUCCUGGGAUCCUCCUCCUCCAGACCAUCAGAAUGGAAUUAUCCAAGAAUACAAGAUCUGGUGUCUGGGGAAUGAAACGCGAUUCCAUAUCAACAAAACUGUGGAUGCAGCCAUUCGAUCUGUCAUAAUUGGUGGAUUAUUCCCAGGUAUUCAAUACCGGGUAGAGGUUGCAGCUAGUACCAGUGCAGGGAUUGGAGUAAAAAGUGAACCGCAGCCGAUAAUAAUUGGAGGACGUAAUGAAGUUGUCAUUACUGAAAACAAUAACAGCAUAACUGAACAAAUCACUGAUGUUGUGAAGCAACCAGCCUUUAUAGCUGGUAUUGGUGGUGCCUGCUGGGUAAUCUUGAUGGGUUUUAGCAUCUGGUUGUAUUGGCGAAGAAAGAAGAGAAAGGGGCUCAGUAAUUAUGCUGUUACAUUUCAAAGAGGAGAUGGAGGACUAAUGAGCAAUGGGAGCCGUCCUGGUCUUCUAAAUGCUGGUGAUCCCAGUUAUCCAUGGCUUGCAGAUUCGUGGCCAGCCACGAGUUUACCAGUAAACAAUAGCAAUAGUGGCCCGAAUGAGAUUGGGAAUUUUGGACGUGGAGAUGUGCUGCCACCAGUUCCAGGCCAAGGGGAUAAAACAGCAACAAUGCUCUCAGAUGGAGCCAUUUAUAGCAGCAUUGACUUCACGACCAAAACCACUUACAACAGUUCCAGCCAGAUAACACAGGCUACCCCAUAUGCCACAACACAGAUCUUGCAUUCCAAUAGCAUACAUGAAUUGGCCGUCGAUCUGCCUGACCCACAAUGGAAAAGCUCGAUUCAGCAAAAAACAGAUCUGAUGGGAUUUGGUUAUUCUCUACCUGAUCAGAACAAAGGUAACAAUGCCUUACUUUACAUCCCUGACUACCGAUUGGCUGAGGGAUUGUCUAAUAGAAUGCCACACAACCAGUCACAGGAUUUCAGCACCACCAGCUCUCACAACAGCUCAGAGAGGAGUGGCAGUCUCUCAGGUGGGAAAGGUGGAAAAAAGAAGAAAACUAAAAACUCUUCUAAACCUCAGAAAAACAAUGGAUCGACCUGGGCCAAUGUUCCUCUACCUCCUCCCCCAGUCCAGCCCCUUCCUGGAACAGAGCUGGAACACUACGCAGUGGAACAGCAAGAAAAUGGUUAUGACAGCGAUAGCUGGUGUCCUCCAUUACCCGUGCAAACAUACUUACACCAGGGUAUGGAAGACGAACUGGAAGAAGAUGAUGAUCGUGUCCCGACACCUCCAGUCCGAGGCGUGGCUUCUUCGCCUGCUAUUUCCUUUGGACAGCAGUCCACUGCAACCCUCACUCCAUCCCCACGGGAAGAGAUGCAGCCCAUGCUGCAGGCUCACCUGGACGAGCUGACCAGAGCCUAUCAGUUUGAUAUAGCAAAGCAAACAUGGCACAUUCAAAGCAAUAAUCAACCUCCACAGCCCCCGGUUCCACCAUUAGGUUACAUGUCCGGAGCCUUGAUUUCCGAUUUGGAAACAGAUGUUCCAGAUGAUGAUGCUGAUGAUGAGGAAGAAGCUUUAGAAAUCCCCAGGCCCCUGAGGGCACUAGAGCAGACACCCGGAUCCAGUAUGGACAAUCUAGACAGCUCUGUGACAGGUUCAAUGGUAAAUGGAUGGGGCUCUGCAUCUGAUGAGGAUCGUAACUUUUCUAGUCAUAGAUCUAGUGUAGGUAGCUCCUCAGAUGGCUCCAUCUUUGCCAGCGGCAGCUUUGCACAAGCACUGGUGGCAGCAGCAGAUAAAGCUGGUUUUAGGCUGGAUGGAACCAGCCUUACAAGAACAGGCAAAGCUUUUACCUCCUCUCAAAGACCUCGACCAACCAGCCCAUUUUCUACUGACAGUAAUACCAGUGCAGCCCUGAGUCAGAGUCAGAGGCCUCGGCCCACUAAAAAACACAAGGGAGGGAGAAUGGACCAACAACCAGCAUUGCCUCAUCGAAGGGAAGGAAUGACAGACGAUCUUCCACCACCACCAGAUCCCCCUCCAGGUCAGGGUUUAAGGCAGCAAAUAGGCCCGAGCCAGCAUGCUGGUAACGUGGAAACCUCAACAGAGAGAAAAGGAAGCUCUCUGGAGACACCACAAGCAUCCACCUUAGAAGACACAAAGAGCUCAUUGGAUUGUCCAGCUAGAGCAUCCCUAGAGUGGCAGCGACAAACCCAAGAAUGGAUAAACUCCACAGAGCGCCAAGAAGAUAUACGGAAAGCCCUACACAAACAAAGUGUUGGACCAGAGGAGACAUUGGUGCCCUACAGCAAGCCCAGUUUCCCAUCUCCAGGAGGUCACAGCUCAUCAGGAACAGCUUCUUCUAAAGGAUCCACUGGACCUAGGAAAGCCGAGGCUUUGAGGGGAAGUCACCAGCGCAAUGCCAGCGACCUUCUUGACAUAGGAUACAUGGGCUCAAAUAGUCAAGGACAGUUUACAGGUGAAUUAUGGUCCCUGGUUGGGUCUGAAAAUUAA